AUGGUUCUAGCCCAAGUAAUUGCUUAUCAUGCUAUCCAGGAUUAUAUUAUGAUUAAACCACACAAAGGUGUUUUAUUUGUAAUCCAGCCUGUAAAACUUGUAAUGGACCAAACUCAAACAAUUGUUUAUCUUGUAAUACAGGAAUAUACUAUAAUUAAGAUACUAAAUAAUGUAUUUGUGAUUCGACUUGUAAAACCUGUGAUGGUCCGAAUUCAAAUAAUUGUUUAUCUUGUAAUACUGGAAUAUACUACAAUUAACUAACAAAAUAAUGUCUUUGUGAUUCAACAUGUAAAACUUGUAAUGGCCCAAAUUCAAAUAAUUGUUUAUCUUGUUAUACUGGAAAAUACUACAAUUAAAAUACUAAAUAAUGUAUUUGUAAUUCUACUUGUUAAACCUGUGAUGGGCCUAAUUCAAAUAAUUGUUUAUCUUGUAAUCCAGGGUCUUAUUAUAAUUAAGCCACAAAAUAAUGCUUUAAUUGUGAUCCGACCUGUAAAACUUGCGAUGGACCAAGUUCAAGUAAUUGUUUAUCAUGCUUUUAUGGAUUAUAUUAUAAUUAAUCCACAAAACAAUGUCUUUGUGAUUCAACCUGUAAAACUUGUGAUGGUCCAAAUUCAAACAAUUGUUUAUCAUGCUUUUCUGGUUUAUAUUACAAUUAAUCGACGAAACAAUGUCUUUGUGAUCCAACUUGUAAAACUUGUGACGGUCCUAGUUAAAAUGAUUGUUUAUCCUGUAAUUCAGGAUUAUAUUAUUAGUAAGCUUAAAAGCAGUGUGUAAAAUCUUGUAAUCAAAAUUAAUUUCCAAAUGCAUAGCUGUGGUGUCAAUUAUGUGAUAAAAGUUGUGCAAGUUGUAAUGGAUAGGAUUCAAACAAUUGCUUAAGUUGUUACCCUAACAGCUUUCUCUAUAAUUAAUAAUGUGUUAGCCUUUGCCCAAAUGGGUUUUAAAGUAAUUUUACUGCACUCACAUGUGAUUCUUGCCAAUAUUAUUGGAGCCUAUAAUGUAAUCCCUGCAACCCCAGUUACUUGCUAUAAUGAAACUAGAUAAAUAGAUGUUUCAAGUAAAAAAUGUGUUUGUAAAAACCAAAAUGAUUAAAGGAAUAUAUUUUAUUAAUGCAGCUAUCAAAAUAUUGCUGUUGUUGAUGCAAGAUUAAGUGCAACUUCCCCAAAACUUAUUAUUGAUUUAGGAUCUCCAUUGAUAAAUAUCAUAUCAAAUACAUCUUAGUCUUUGUGCUCAUAGAUAUUUGAUCAAGCAACUCUAGACAUAAUUGGGUUAGAUUCCUAAUGCUAAAUAAGUGGGAAUCAUAUUUAGGUUGAUUUAAGCGACUCAUCAACAAUAAUGGAGAAUAAUUCAAUUUUUUUUUUGCCAAAUAAGUUGCAGUUUACAGAUUAUAGUGACUAAUUCAUUAAUGUAUUUUAUACAAACAUUACUUUCUAAGAUCCCCCUGGAAUUCCUUAACUUUAAUUUAGCUAUAAUCAUAUAGAAAAUAGCUGUAACUCUAUAAAUAUAACUCUUUAUAGUAUUUAAAAUGAUGCAGGAAGAAAAUUUAUGAGUCUAAAUUGGACUUUAAAUCAAAUAGAAGGCUCCAUAAGCAACGAGUAGUAAGAAAGUAUAAAACAGAUCUUAUUAAAAGCAAGCUAAAAUAAAAACACUAGUUUAAUUAUAGGUCCUUAAUACAUACCUCCAAAUAUUAAUAUUACUAUAUAAUUUAGUUAUUUACUUAAGAUUAACUAAACUGGUGUUUAAACGUUUACUAUUAUUUAUCAAAAAUAAAAAUUAAUAAGAGUCAAUUAUUAGCAAUCUUUGUAUCCACCAAUUUAUAGAUCUAUGAGCUUGAGUUUCUACUUUUAGUUUUAUAUUGAGACUUGCCAUUUAGGUCUGAUAACUCAUUUUAAUGAGCCUGUUGAUUUACAACUAGUUUCUAAUUAGCUUUAAAAGUAAAGCCUAAGUCAAUAUAAUUAAUCAAGCUUUUAAUAUGAUAUUCUUCCUUACUCCUUAGCAUCUAACUAAACUUUUAAUAUGAGUCUGAUUUUGAAUUUGAGUUCAGAUAAUAAGAUUGCUACCAUUCAAAAUGUAUCAGUUAAUAUUUAAAUUACAGAUUUGUAUUUACAAAUUAUUGGAGGCUCAAGUCUUAAUUUAGGUUAUCAAAAUAAAAUGGUCUUAAAUACAGAAUCAAGGGAUUAUGAGAUUUAAGAUCAAAAUUCCUUUUAAAAUAUCAAUUUUAGUUGGAAGUGUUCUAGUUUUUCCUCUAAUGAUCAUAUUUGCUAUGAUUACUAGAAUAAGUAGAUUUAAUUGCCACAAGGAGCCAGUAGUAUAACAUUUCCUGCUAAAACCUUUUAACCAUACACUAUAAUUUAGCUUACAGUUGUUGGAUAAAAAGAUUCAAGGCAAUCAAAUUUCACCACUACUUGUAUAUUCUCAGAAUUAAAUAUUCCUCCACUAAAUAUUUUAUAAACAGCAACAAGUAUUAACAGAAAAUUUAAUUUAAACGAUGAUCUGAAUUUUUAAAUAAUUUAUGGUGAAAAUAUUUCAUCAGAUUACUUCUCUUAUGCAGGAGCUAUUUUAUAUGAUAAUGAUGCAGUUGCAGCAAUCAAAUUUGAUUAUUUCCAAAUAAGAUUCAGAAUUUGGAACUAUUUUUAAAAAAUAAAUCCCUCAAAACCAACACUUUAAAUAAGAUUUUCAGUGUAUAAUCCCUUAUUUGUUAUGCCAAGCUCAUCUAUAAUUAGCAUUUAAAUUAACAUUCCCCCUCAGAAUUGUGUUUUAAAUAUAAAUCCCUUAUAGGGAAUAGCUCUUCAAACUAUCUUCUAAAUUUAAUUGUUGAGUUGUACAGAUGAAGAUCUUCCUCUAACUUACUAGUUCUUCUAUUAUAAUAGUGCAGACGAUGCCCAUCAAGAAUUAGUUUCUCCAUGGAAUAUAUUAAGAAGAUAAAUAUAAGAUUAGACAACAAACAACUCAAUUUAAACAGUUCUACCUAAUGGAAAUCUAGUUGUUAUGGUACAGGUCAUGGAUUCUUACCUAGGAGUUUAUAACUCCUCUUCUUUAGUAUAGGUUCAAGCUUAGAAUAAAUCAGUUGACGAAUAUUAUAAACUUGUAAAUGAACUCACUUCGUAAGCAAAUAUAUAAGCUACUAACUAAUUAGUUACUUUAAGCAUUAUAGCAGAAGAUAUCAGUAAAAAUAAUUAACUAUCAUAACAGUUGAUUGAUUUAGUAAGUAUAUUGAUUUAAAAUAUAUAGCAAUAGUCUCUCUAAAUACCUAAAUUCUCCCUUUUGUCUACAUUUGCUAACAAGGUAACUGCUUAGUUAUCAUAGCUACUAUUUAGCUCGUCAUACUAAAACAAUGUUACCUCAUAAAAAAAUACAAUAUUUACUUAACUGUAAACAAUACUCUAAAAUACUAAUUCAAGCAUACAAAAUAGUAAUCUUAGUCAUUUACAAUAAAAUAACGAUAUCCAAAUUUAAAAUAUGGUAGAUUCUUUUAAAAUUUUAAACUCAAGUGUUACUAAGAAUAGUAAUAAUUCAUAUGAUGAAAUUUAGUCAUAUGAUCAAAUAUCAACUUAGAUUGGAAAUCUGCUUAAUAAUAUUAGUUUACCAAACUAAGGACAAAUUACUCUAAAUGGCGACUUGUCAACUCUUUUAUCAGAAAAAGUAACAUAGAAAAACCUAUUCAAAUAUGUUAUAAGUAUAAAUGACUAGAAUUUUGAAAAUUAAACUAGUUUAAAAUUUUACAUACUCUAAGAAUGA